AUCGGCAGAAGCGGCGGCACAGAUCCGUCCUGCCACCCCGCCGCCGCGCUCGGUGACCAGAGCUGCGGCCCCGCACACGACCGCCUACCCGCCCGCCUCAGGGCUACCCAGCGCGGAGGCGGCGCGCAGCCGAAAGCCUCAGAACAAGGCAGGCGGCGGAGGCAGCGGCGGCGCUGAAUCAGCCCGGCCUCGGGCCAGUACCCGGCAGCAACCGCAGCCAGCAGCGCGGGCGACCGGGCGCGAGGCCACCCCCGCCUCCAGCCCCACCCGGCCGCACCCCAGGCUGCGCGGCGUCACAGAGCGCAUGCGUGCCGCGGGGGAUGCCGGGAGCGCGCAGUGGCGGCAGCGGCGGCGACGGCAGUCAAAGCGGCGGCUCCAGCGGGGACGCGGGUGGGGCGGUGACCGUGUGGGAAGUGGUCUCACUCUUGGCGAAGCUGCUCGGCACCGUCGCCGCUCUGAAGGCGGUUUUGUACCUGCUCCGAGUGUGCCUAGCGAUGGCCUGGAAAUCCGGCGGCGCCAGCCACUCGGAGCUGAUCCACAACCUUCGCAAAAAUGGGAUCAUCAAGACAGAUAAAGUAUUUGAAGUAAUGCUGGCCACAGACCGCUCCCACUAUGCAAAGUGCAACCCUUACAUGGAUUCUCCACAAUCAAUAGGUUUCCAAGCAACAAUCAGUGCUCCACACAUGCAUGCUUAUGCACUAGAACUUCUAUUUGAUCAAUUGCAUGAAGGAGCUAAGAGACCUCUAAUGACUAGCUCUUUGUUCACACAUUUAAUAGACCAGUUAAAGCCUGGUGGAAGAUUGAUAUUGCCAGUCGGCCCUGCUGGUGGAAACCAAAUGUUGGAGCAGUACGAUAAGCUGCAAGAUGGCAGUGUCAAAAUGAAACCUCUGAUGGGAGUGAUAUACGUGCCUUUAACAGAUAAAGAAAAGCAGUGGUCCAGGACUUCGAGUACUAUGUUGAAUAAAAGUGGCGAGAUUGGG